AUAGAUGAAUUUUCUUUUAAUAGUUUGGGCAUGCAUGGAAAGUGGAAUCAAGCUUUGACCUUCUGAUUCCCCUUCGUCAUUCCUUUUCUGCUAAACAGAAUAAUGAGAAACAACGGCAACAUAUUUCUGCAUAACUUACAGAUUAUUGCUUCUUUCUCUUUUUCCUUAUUGCUCCACCAUCAUCUCAUUAACUGCUUCACUGCAUCGGAUUCACCACCUUCUGAUGUUAUUCCCGAUCUCAAUUACGUAACUCUUGCUUGUGGCUUAGCCAGGGACGCUAAAGCACGAGAUGGCCGAACAUGGGCUGCAGACACCAAUUCAAAAUUUUUCUCUGUAAAGCAAAAUGAGGAAUCAAGAGCAGUUGAAUCUCUUACCACUAAAUUCUUCACUCCACCUUAUACAACUGCUCGCAUCUCUCGCUACCCAUUCACCUACAUAUUUCCUGUCGCCACCGGGAGAAUAUUUAUCCGUCUCCAUUUUAGUCCUGCUUCUUACUUGGAUUUCAACAUCUCUAAAGCAUUCUUUUCUGUUCAAGCUGAUCACUACAUCCUUCUUAGCAAUUUCAGUGCAGCGCUUCAGCCUGAGGCUCUUGACAUGGAACCAUUCUUUAGAGAAUUCUGGCUAAAUGUGGAAGAUGAUCGAAUAUUAAACUUGACAUUCACUCCCAGUUUUGGUAUGGAUGAUGUAUAUGCUUUCAUCAACGGGAUUGAGAUGGCGUCAGUGCCUACCAAUCUUUAUCACACUGCAGGGGAUAAUCCGGGGUUGAAAUUUGUUGGCCAGAACAAGCCCGUCGGCCUGGAAAACAACGCUGUCUCAGAGGUAAUGUACAGAAUAAAUGUGGGCGGGGCUUUUAUUUCACCCCUUGAUGACUCUGUCCUGUUUCGAAGCUGGCUCAGCGAUGAGGACUACUUGACAAUCGCAGAACCAAGUGCUUUCCUUUUAAACAGCACCAUUCAACUAAGAUAUACCAUCUUUACUCGUUUUGCUGCACCAGACCUGCUCUAUAAAACUGGAAGAUCCAUGGGGAUGGACAGGGAAACAAACGAGAACUACAAUAUCACUUGGGAAUUUCAGGUUGAUUCCGGGUCCACGUAUUUUAUCAGGCUUCACUUUUGUGAGUUUCAGCCGCCAAUAACUCAGAAGGGCGACAGAGUUUUUCAGAUAUACAUUGCAAACCAACUUGCUGAGUCUGAAGCAGAUAUAAUUGAUUGGAGCGGUGGAAAUGGAUUUCCUACGUUUAGAGAUUAUGCGGUGACCAUGGGAGCGGGUGGAAGCAAAAAGUUAGAAAAUCUAUCUAUUGCCCUACAUCCUGCAGUUUAUACCGUAUACUCUGAUGCAAUCCUGAAUGGCAUUGAAAUUUUUAAAUGGCUAAAGUCAGAAAUUCAGGCGACGUCCAUCCCAACAUCAGCAAAGCCACUGAUCAAUAGGACAAUAGUAUUUGCCAUUGUAGUUGGUGUUGUAUUGGGCUUUAUUAUUGUAAUCCCUCUUCUACUCUUCUUCAUUGCUCGAAGGAGAGUAAAAGACAAGGAUUCUGAGGAUAGGGUCUCGUGGUUGCCCCAAUUUGUUUCUUUGAAGGAGACCACCAAGAUCCACCGCUCAUAUUCACUCUCAAAUGUUUUUCGCAGUUUUUCUCUAGAAGAGAUGAAAGCAGCCACAAAAAACUUUGACAAUCUGUGCAUUAUAGGUGUUGGAGGGUUUGGCAAUGUGUACAGAGGAACCAUUAAUGAUGAUCCCAUUAUUGUUGCGGUGAAACGGUUGAGCCGAGGUUCGGAACAAGGAGAAAACGAAUUCAACACAGAGAUAGAGAUGCUUUCUGAGCUUCGACACCUUCACUUGGUCUCUCUAAUCGGUUAUUGCAAUGAAGAUCACGAAAUGAUCCUAGUGUAUGAUUACAUGAGCAAUGGCACCCUUCGUGACCAUCUCUACAACACCAGUAAUCCUCCUCUACCAUGGAAACAAAGGUUAGAGAUAUGCCUUGGUGCAGCAUGCGGGCUGCAUUACCUUCAUUCAGGAACGAAGCAUGCAAUUGUUCAUCGUGAUGUGAAAUCAACAAAUAUCUUAUUGGAUGAGAAUUGGGUGGCAAAGGUUUCAGAUUUUGGAUUGUCCAAAAUGCUCCUUUCUAAUAACUCCAAGUCCCAUGUCACCACAGUAGUCAAGGGAAGCUAUGGAUAUUUAGACCCUGAAUAUUACCGUCGCCAACAAUUGACGGAGAAGUCCGACGUGUACUCAUUUGGGGUGGUGCUUUUUGAAGUAUUAUGUGGUAGACCUGCAGUGGAUCGAACCUUCGGAAAUGAUUAUGAUGAACAAGUGAGCCUUGCAGUAUGGGCUCGAGAAUGCUACUGCAAAGGAACUCUUAAUCAGAUAAUUGAUCCAUUCUUGAAAUGCAAGAUUGCGCCUGGGUGUUUUAAAGUAUACAGUGAGAUUGCUGUGACUUGUUUGCUUGACGAGAGGAUCAAAAGGCCAUCAAUGAGAGAUGUCGUUGCAAGGCUUGAGCUUGCAUUGCAGCUGCAGGAGAGUGCGGAGGAUAAUCUCAAGCUUGGGGGAUCUCACGAGGAAGUGGAUCACUUCGAUCUUGAUAUGCCCUUCAUGGUCUCUUCAGACAUUUUGUCUUUGCUUAAGACAUCCGUUGAUGAUAGUUGCGGCAAGUUUUCAAUUGAAGAUAGUUGUGGCGAUAUAGUAGAGAUGCAUGAAUCUUAAGGUCUACAACUUCUUUUCCCUCGAGAAUAAGUGUACAAAUUCAGACAAUUUUUUU